UUCAAUAAAAUUCUACCAGGAAGACAUAAUGUUGAACCGCGUGUUGCCAAUAACUUGGUACUUCGCGGACGCGUGGCAGUUCAACCGCGGGCGCGCGCUGCUGCUGGACCGCCUCGGACACGGACACUUCGGCCGAGUGUACUCCGCCGAGGCUGUGUUUAAAGGAAAACGUUAGUAAAUACACCCGUGUGCAAUGAAAAAGUUUCACAUACUUCAAUAUUGCAGACGGCGUCAUUAAGCUAGCCUUUUCCGAUUACAGUCACAGAUGCACACACAUACUUGCAUACGUUACGGAUACGGAUCGCCUUUUUACCCGACUACGGCGAAGCAACAAGGAGGGUUACGAUGUCAACCAGGCGUUAGCGAGCCCACGACAAAACAAAAGAAAGACGAUCCGUUUACGUUACGCUUAUUACUAUCAUAGCAGUGACAACUGCAACUUUUUCAUUGCCCGUGAGCACCCGUGAGCUUAAUAUUUUGUACUUUUUCAAUAAAAAUCAAAGUACUUACCUACUUUUAUAUUGUGGGAGGCGUCAUUAAGCUUGCAUUCGGUGCUAUUGUCACUGGAACUUUUUCUUUGGCAUUUUUCACUGCUCUAUUCUACCAGGAAGACAUAAUGUUGAACCGCGUGUUGCCAAUAACUUGGUACUUCGCGGACGCGUGGCAGUUCAACCGCGGGCGCGCGCUGCUGCUGGACCGCCUCGGACACGGACACUUCGGCCGAGUGUACUCCGCUGAGGCUGUGUUUAAAGGGAAACACGGCAAAACGCGGCACCAAGUGGCAGUGAAGACGGUGAUGGCGGACGCCCCGGCGAGCGCGGUCACCGACCUCGUGCAUGAGAUGGAGAUCAUGAAGAGGCUCGGGCAGCACCCGCAUGUCGUGCAGCUGAUAGGAUGCUGUACUGAUACGUCACCAAUCUUCUUGAUAAUGGAGUUGCUGAAAGAGACACUACAUGAGUACCUGCGCCGGGUGCAUUCUCUGAAGUACUACGAGCUGCCGGCUGACCACGAGCAGAGAGCCUCGUCGCAGCAGCUGCUGAGCUACGGCCGCCAGGUGGCCUUGGGGAUGAAGUAUGUUAGCGGGCAGGGGAUUAUCCACAGAGACCUGGCUUGUAGAAAUGUGCUGUUGUCCGAAGAUGGUGUCUGCAAGAUCGGGGACUUCGGUCUGUCCCGUGACGUGAAUAAAGAAGACAUUUACGUGCGACAGACUAACAUGGCGUUACCAAUUAGGUGGAUGGCUCCAGAGUCGCUGACUGUUGGAGAGACGAGUGUCAAGUCAGAUGUUUGGAGCUUCGGAGUGCUGCUGUGGGAACUAUCCACUCUGGGCGCCACCCCCUACCCUGGCAAGAGUGUUGAUAAGGCACGACAAAUGAUCAGUUCCGGCCAGCACAUGGAACGUCCGACCAGCUGUCUCCCAGACCUGUACUCUGUGAUGCAGCAGUGCUGGAGGCUGGCCCCGGAGGAGAGAGCAGACUUCUGCGCAUGCGCCGCCCGCCUGGAUCAACUGCUGGAGAAUAAUACGGAUUAUUUGCUUCUGGAAGAUGUGCCGGCCGAGUAUUUUGCUGAUUUGAAAUAG